UGCUGUAAAAUAAUCAAAAUUAAUAUAUCAUAUAGUUUAAAUUACCCGCCGCAAAGAGAGUGGCCAUUGAAGUUUAAUUUAUGACGUCACACGGUCCGUUCCGAUUUAUUUCCUCAGUAGCAUGGUAAACAUGACAAGUCACUAACAGUUAAGUUUGGGGCCGUAUAGAUUUGAGCCCGUUCUUUCGCAAAGAUGGAAUUGAAAAAUGACGUUCCUUCGAGUCGCAGACCAGGCAGACGGUACACGUCUCUUCCCUCAAAUGUCUUGGAACCUCAAUUUCUCAUUACGCAAAUGAUAGAUCCACAGUUUACAGUCUUUUCUUUUCAGGUUUCAGAUGACUUGGUUGGGUCAGGAAUUUCGGGGGAAAAAAACUUUUCACAUCUCACCUUCGCAUUAGUGCAAUUAACAAUUUGACAGGAAGGCAUCAACCUAUCUAUUCGUAAAAUCUACCACAUGCACAUCUUUGAUGACCUUAGAAUCUCAUCAAAACCGGAGCAGACGGUGUGACGUCAAAAUUAUUGAUUUUUAUGGUCUUGAAUACUAAAGAGUUCCACAUCAUGCAGCCUUUAUACAUGUAGAUGGCGGCAAUUUCAUUUUUUAACGUUUUCAAAUUAGUACUGAAGCUUAUCUAGGCCGUAUAUCAACAGAAUAGUAUGACAAAUUUUUAUCAUAUAAUUAAUCCUAUCAUUUAUCAUGUAAAAAUGUUUUGGGUUGCCUUCCCCUUUAAAGCGGUACGAUAGAACGACGCGUGUAAGUAUAUUGAGAAGAUUUACAAUAAGAAAUAUAGUGUUUACUCUCUGUUUAAGCAGACCAGUUUAAAUAGUUUAUUGAUCGUGAAAAAAUGAAAUCGAUGGCAAUUUAACUCUUUCGUAGCCUGUAUGCAGGUCACGGCUGAUUGGGCCGUUGGAUGCUUUAGCCAAUAUGGAAUUCUUAGGUAAGUGAUUUAAAUUCCAGGCGACAAAAACAACCAUUGUACAUAUACGUAUUUUCAGUUCAUUUGCGAACAGACUGGAAAUAUAAGCGGAGUCGGAGAGCAGUGACAAAAGCUUUGGUGUGUCAUGUUCCUUUUGUGAAUGUAAUAUAUUUCAUUCGUAAACUAUAACAAGAUAUUCACAGACAUGAAAAGGGGAGCUAACCUGUGUCUUCAGAAAACUGUGUUUUUCGCUCUUUUUGUGGGAUAUGUAUUAUUUGUUGUCUCAUUCUUCAUUCCAAAAUGGUAUAAAUUUACUAAACGGGAGACCGGACAACACUACAACUAUGGGAUCUUUAUGGCGUGUAUCAUGGACACUGACGGAGGGAGUCGAUGUCAGUACACCCAUUUUGACAAUGUUGAAGGAGGCACUGUCGUAACAAUGAAAGCGUUGGCCAGCAUUGGCAUUAUUUUCUACACAGCUGCCAUGGCAACCGGAUUUUUGGCGCUUUGUUGGAUCAAAGAGAGGAGGCAGCGGCUGUUCUACGCCUCCGUUGGGACCUCCAUAAUUGCAGGAAUCUCCAUCGUCAUUGUUGUGGCAGUGUAUAAAUCCCAACAACCAUACUCAAACGGAAGUGACGACAUCGCUUUCUACUUGGCAGCUGCCAGCAUUGCUCCUUUGUUUUACGGUGCAGUGAUUGGGCUUCUAGUGGCAAGAACCAUGGUGUUCGUAGACGAGAAAGAAGACGAGGAAAAAAUGCACCAAAAAAGAAAAGAGCGAAGGAAAAAACGGCGACAACGAGAACCCGUCUUUAUGUUUCCACCUUCUGGCACGAUGAUCGAAGACUUCAAGAAGAAACCCAUUACAGGCAUAGUCGUAACCAGUGAAGACUUCCAGCGGUCCCCUGGUGAAGAUCCAUUUUACUUCCAGCCUUUGACUAUCAAUAACGAUAUGUAUGGGUCUAAAACGCAAGACAGAGAUAUGGAAGAAAUCUCAGAACAGUAUGACAUUUAUCCAAAUGUGGACGAAAAGGAGGCCUCGCUGAACAACGUAAAUGUCCAUAACCCAAGUUCCAACCUGUCAUCGGAGUGUCCACGACCAUUCACACCUAAAGAUUACGAGGAAGAAAUCUCUUCUGAGCCCUGGGACGAAGACCAGAAUGACCACCCAAAGCCAAAGGCCCGUGGUGUCAUUAAGUCGCAUAUAUUUUCUCCCAUUAAAAUUCCAGAUCUUCUGAGGAAGACCCGGGCUUUUAAAAACUCACAGAAAGCCUCCAAACAGAAGAAGAAGAAGACAGGUCACUCAAACUCCGUGUUUAGCACUGAGGAAAACGCACCAAGUAGAGUGGACGUCCAAGGACAGAGUUUACAUGCACACAAGUUUGAAGACUUACCGGCGGUAGAAAAGUGAUAGAUUCUUGCAUCCGACAAUUGAUUAUGAUUGUUAACCACUUGAUCUAUCUUUCUUUUAUUAUGUAAAGAUGACUAGAUUUUGAAGACGAAGUAGCACGCUUUGUUCGGCUUUUUGCAUGCCAUAUGGAUAUGAUGGUUAUUUUCUAUUAAAAAAACACUCAUUCUUGUAAAGACUAGUAAGUAUAUAUGAUCAUGACUGAUUAAGCAUCUUUUUACAAUCAGAAUAUCCUUCUCUUUGGUUGAACUGGAAACUACAUGUAUAUAUAAGUUUGGGAAGUCACAAUGGAUGAUAUACGUUGUAUGCAAUUAACAAUUCAUUGAAAUAGGAUUUCAAUAAAACUGUGCAGGUGUUUCACAAAUGUCA